AUGCGUGGCAUCCGUCUCUGGGGUGUUCUUUCUGGCGAGGUCUGCUGUCCGCCCCGUCCGGUUCCUCCGGUGGCCCCUACUCCGCCGACUCCACUGGUUCUUCCUACGGAUGCUAAUCAGGCCGCCAAGGAUGCGGCUAAGAUUGCUGAUGAGGCUGCUGAUCGUGCCUAUGAUGAGCGGGCUUUGGCUUAUGAGGAGGCUCUUCAGACGUAUCAUGGUGCUUUGUCUGUUUACACUCAGUGGCUUGAUGAUGAUGCUCGUGCUGCAGCUGCUGUCCAGGCCGAUUUGGAGUUUCAUCGCGUCUAUGAGUUCCUGUCUCGGCUCCGUAAGGAGUUUGAGCCCCGGCGUGCUCAGUUGUUUGCUCGUGGCCGUAUUUCUCUCAUGGAGGCGCUUUCAGAGAUUCGUGCUGAGGAGACUCGCCUACGUGGUGCUGGUUUGCUGGAGGUUCCCUCUGUGCUCGCUACUCGGGUUUCUUCCACUCCACCUCCUGCACCGCCCCAUUCUCGCUCGAGUGCUCCGCCGCUCUUGCCCACUCCUUCUGGAGGCUCAGGUCAGCCCCGUUCACAUUGUGACUACUGCAACAAUGAUGGUCAUAUUGAGUCCCAGUGCUACACAAAGCGGAAACACCUGCGCAAGGCGCGAUCAUCCUCUUCAGGGACUUCGUCAUCUCCCUCGCCAGCUUCAUCCAUUGCUUUGACCGAGCAGGAUAUUCUGAGACUUAAGCGUCUGCUCGUGGCUUCAGGUUCUUCCUCGACGGGUACUGCUGGUUCUGUGACUGAUGCUUCCCGCACUGAGCACCCGCCCUCUACACAGUCAGGAUCGUCGCACGCACACUCUGGUUGGGGCUGGCCCUCGCCGCCGUGA